AUGACUGUACCUCGCAAAGAAGCCCCCUUUCCCUCCUUCACCGCCAAAUGGCACACCACGUCCUAUCCAGCCAUCGACUCAUCUUCUGACAAGAACAGUGCCCGAACCAAAAACGUCGUAAUUACAGGUGGCGGCUCUGGCAUCGGUGCAGCAACGGCGCUCUCAUUCGCCAGAGCCGAUGCCAAUUCCAUUGCUCUCUUGGGUCGCACAGAAAGUAAACUGCUCCAGACAAAAGCCACCAUUGCCAAAGCCUACCCUCGAACAAAAGUUACAACCCACAUUGCUGAUGUCACCACCGCCACUGAAGUCGAUCACGCCUUCUCGGCUAUAAGCAAGGAAUUCGGAACGCUCGAUGUCCUUGUUAACAAUGCCGGUCUCGGCGAUAUCGGUCCCGUCAUCAAAGACGCUGAUAUCGACUUCUGGAUGAACAAUAUGAACACGAAUGUCAAAGGCAGCCUGCAUGUCGUGCAAGCUUUCCUGCGCCACGCAGUCUCGGACGCGACAGUCGUGAAUAUUGCGUCUCUUGCAAGCUUCAUUCCGCUUAUGGGCGGCAUUUCAGCUUAUGCAGUCUCAAAGGCAGCUUCUGUGGCGCUCUUCAGUGCGCUGCAAGUCGAAAAUCCGGAGCUACGCGUGGUGAACUUGCAGCCGGGAGUGGUAGAGACGGAAAUGAAUAGGAAGUCGGGGUUGCCAGGGCUUGAUGAUGUUUCGCUCCCGGCGGACUUUGCUGUGUGGUUGACAAGCAAAGAGGCGGCCUUCACCAAAGGCAAAUACCUCUUUGCGAAUUGGGAUGUGGACGAGAUGGUGCAGAGAGCUAAGGAGAUCUCGGUGAAUGGAACGCUGGAGAUGUGGAUCGAAGGCUUGGAGCAUAAAGCGACGAGUUGA